UAACUGGUGGCCGCCCUGCCGAGCGGACAGUAACCACAAUUUGUUAUUUCCCCCCCGAAUUGCCCUCACUUUUAUAUCGCUAUUUUUUGGAAGUGACUCAAAAUGAAUGCCACUGAAUUUGGGCUGCCUCUCACCGAGUAUGAUUUCGAGCGGCACUUUGAUGAGAGGUUUGCUAUUGAAUGGAUGCAGGACAACUGGAAAAAGUCGUUUUUGUUUGGUGCUGUGUAUGUAGUGGUCGUGUUUGGUGGGCAGCACUUCAUGAAGGGAAGGCGGAGACUUGAUCUGCGAAGAGUGUUAAUGCUGUGGUCCCUCAGUUUGGCCAUCUUUAGUAUCAUUGGAGCGGUGAGAACUGGUUGCUUCAUGUUGUACAUUCUCAGCACCAGUGGUUUUAAACAGUCUGUUUGUGACCAGAGCUUCUACAAUGGGCCGAUUAGCAAGUUCUGGGCUUGUGCUUUUGUGCUGAGCAAAGCCCCAGAGCUAGGGGACACCAUAUUCAUCGUCUUGCGUAAGCAGCGGCUGAUCUUCCUGCACUGGUAUCAUCACAUUACCGUGCUGGUGUACUCCUGGUAUUCCUACAAAGACCAGGUUGCUGGUGGUGGCUGGUUCAUGACCAUGAAUUACACUGUGCAUGCGCUCAUGUACAGCUACUACGCUGCUCGAGCUGCAGGACUCCGUGUGCCGAAACCCUGUGCCAUCAUCAUCACUUGCACCCAGAUUGCCCAGAUGGCCAUGGGGCUGGCAGUAAGUGCACUAGUGUACCGGUGGAUGCAGGAUGGCGAUUGUCCCUCUUAUGUGGAUAACAUAGUGUGGGCUUCACUCAUGUAUCUCAGCUAUCUGUUCCUCUUCUCUUCUUUCUUUUAUCAGUCUUACAUGAAGGGUUCAAAACCCACGGGCAUCAAAACUGAGUGAUCUGCAGGACUGAAGUUUAUAUACAGGUUUUAUUUUUGAUAGUUUACCUUGAUAAAGAAAAAAUAUAUAUUAUUAUUGUUGUAUUAUUUAUUUAAUGUUUUUAAAGCAAGGUGAACAAUGUCAACUGUCUGUUAUUAUAGUCUGGCUUUGCCUCAAGCUGUUUCAGGGCCGUGUUUGUUCGUUCUAUUCUGGUAUUAAUCAAAAAUGGCUCGUUGUUGUUGAGAACUUUAAUGAUUUUGAAGAACUUCCAGACAUUUUUUGGAGGAUGAUUGUGAAUUUUCGGUGUCAUAUGACCGCUUUGUCCUGCAGUCUUACAGGUCACAGUUUCUAAUCGUCAAAAGUCCAUGUUUGUUUACUCUUUGCAGACUUGGUAACAUGCCCUGAACCCAGCUGAGACAUGGGUGUACGUUGUAGCGUGUGCUGAGAUCCAAGGUCUGUGUUUGUAGUUUGAGAACAAGUGAAGAAUUUGUCAAAAGAGUCCUAGUUAAAUGUACAUAUUCGUAGAACAAAGUCCUAUUUUAAAUGGCCACACCAUUAAAAUUUCAUCCAUUUUUGUAUGUCCUUCUGGGUGUGGAGGUAUUGCUGUAUGAUAGUUCUGUUUUCUCAUGAUGUUACAGAAACUUGAAUUAUCUGUGCUGACUGGUUGGACCGGUUCCUAGAAGUUUUAAAGGGGCAUUUUUAAGACUGGAAUUCUCCAGAAGGACGACACCCAUGUUCUCUCUCUCUCUCAUUCUGUGCGUGUUUCUGUCAAUAGUUCACUGCAGCCCUGAUGCACUGAAGUUACGGUAUGUAAUACUAGCAGAGGAAUGAUUGAUCUAGACUCAUUCACCCUUGAAUAACACAUGUAGAGUCAGUAUGAAAUGGUUCCUUUCUGGUUUUCUGUCUGUGAGUAUUGAAUUGGUGUCUGACAGAGUGGUUAAACUUUAGCUGUCCUUAUAAUGGUGUUUGUUACUUGAGUCAUUAGUAAAAUGCACAGUUUAUAUAUGUAUCAUGUAUACAGUAUCACACGUGGUCACAUUUGGGAGAUAGUUCAGUUUAUGGUUGUGGGGGAAUUUGGUUUUCCACUGAAAUGACCAUGAUGAUUGGUCUGCCUAUGGUCAUUUUUAAAAUAUUGUAUUAUGUACUGGUAGAGAACAAGCCUUUGAGAAUAUUCAGUGGGACUAAAUAUGCAUUCUAAUUUAUAAUCUGAAAUGUUGCUGCUACCGUCCGAGAUGUUUUUUUGUUGUUGUCUGUCUGUACUCUGGUUUCUCCUGUCUGCUCCUUUUAGAAUCACUUUAUUUUAAGACUGAAAGUUUCUAUAUUUGCAAAUUUCCACUUAAAGGACAUUUUUUUGAUUUGUUUUAAAGAAAUUUUAUGACUUUGGCUCAAUGUUAGAGAGAACAUUGUGUUUGUAGGAACUUAAUGUAUGAACUUGAAUGUAUAGUGGCACUAGUUUACUUUACAAAACAUUUACGACAAACAUGUUUACAACUCCUAUAUUUUAAUAAAGGAAGGAAAUGUGAUGUAAUGAAGGUGUCAAAUGUAA